GGGAGGCAAGUUAUAAGCACAUGAAUGGAUACACACCAAUGAUUCCAGGUGUAUCUAUAAAUACCAGUUUGUUCAUCAACAAAAACAACCCAACCCACUUCACACACCCUCACCACAUGGAACACAACAAGCCUUUGGCGGCGGCGAUUCUCAUUCAAACCAUCUACGCCGCCAUGUUUCUUCUCUCCAAGGCCGCUUUUGACGGCGGAAUGAACAAUUUCAUCUUCACUUUCUACCGCCAAGCCUUCGCCACCAUCUCUCUUUCACCCAUUACCUUCUUUUUCAAAUGGAAAACUGCCCCACCCUUGACAUUCUUCACCUUCUGCAAAAUAUUUUUGCUUUCGUUUUUCGGAAUUGCUGUGUCUUUAAAUCUUUAUGGGAUUGCUCUUGUGUAUACAUCGGCAACGUUAGCGGCAGCCACUACGAAUUGUCUUCCGGUUAUUACGUUCUUCGUCGCGCUUUUGCUUAGGCUUGAGGUGUUGAGGUUAAAGUCAAUAGCAGGAAUAGCAAAGCUUGCAGGCAUAGUUUUAUGCGUCGGCGGUGUGGGGGUGUUGGCAUUCUACAAAGGCCCACAACUCAAAUGGUUCAAUAAUCAUCACCUCUUUUCUGCCCAUAACGCCGCCACCCACGCCCACUCUGCCACUGCCUCUUCCACCAGCUCGUGGCUCAAGGGCUGCUUUUUGAUGCUCUCUUCCAAUACCCUUUGGGGCAUUUGGAUUGUUCUUCAGACAUUUGUGCUGAAAAGCUAUCCAUCCAAGCUUGUGUUGACAAAUCUUCAGUGUUUGUUGAGUUCAUUUCAAACAUUUGCUAUUGCUAUUGCAAUGGAGAGAGACCCUAAAGAAUGGAAAUUGGGGUGGGAUGUUAGGCUUCUUUCAGUGGCAUAUUGUGGUGUUGUGGUGACUGCUGUUACGUAUUGCCUUCAAGCGUGGAUUAUUGAGAAGAAAGGCCCCGUUUUUCUUGCAAUGUCUACGCCGUUUUCUCUAGUUAUUACCACCGUCUGUUCCGCUAUUCUUCUUGGCGACAGUAUCACCCUUGGAAGUGGUUUGGGCGGAAUUUUAUUGGUGGGAGGACUAUAUUUUGUUCUGUGGGGAAAGAGCAAAGAGCAAAAGAUAAGUGAAGGGUUGAAAGAAGGUGGCAAAGAAUGCAGCAUGCAACAACACAAGGAGAAUACAAAAUUAGGAGAUGAAAAUUCAGCAUCUCCCAUUGAAAAUGUCUAAAUUUACAAUCUCAUUAUAUCUAUUUUUUUUUUUUUUUUU